AUGAUGCGGCAGCUGCUGCAAGUGGCAGGCACCGUCCUCUUGGACAUCGAGAUAACAGUGAAGCUGGUCACGCAGAGCAAGGCAUGGGUGACCAAUUUGAGACCCCAAGGGUCCUUAACGCCAUUCUCAGUGGCUGUUAUUCUCACGCUGGCAUCAGUACCUCGCCUGCAGCAGGCAGCCUGGGACAACCUCAAGGCACUGGUGGACCUGAUCCCGUUCUUGGAGGUGAAUCUGGCGCUUGGGCUCAUGCUCGCCAUUUGGCCUUUGUGCUCUGAGCAGAGGGCUGUCAAGGAGCAGCUCAUAAUGUGCCUGCGCAAGGCAAUGUUCCGACCAGAUGUGGGCGCCCGCCUCCUAGCAGUGCGCGGGUUCCUGUUCCUGGUGCUCCAAGAGCUGAGGGCGCCUGAUGCCAUGCCCUAUGACAAAAUUGCUGCCUCCUCAUCCCAGGGCCUCCUCAAUCACGCCAUGGCUGGUGUUCUGCUUGGCAGCAUUGAAGUCUACAUGGAAGACAUUAUCAGUGGAGCAGCGCAAGCAAAGAAGAAGAGCCCUGGAGCGGUGGGGCAGGCAAAGGGAAAGAAGCGAGCUCGGUCUGGGAAUGAUUCAACUUCCAAUGUGCCAGCUGUUGUGCCCAUCACAGAUCGACAGCCUGUAUUCAGCGCCACCUGCCUCUUUCACCUCCUGCACAUGGUGUCAGAGGAUGGAUGCCUCUUUUACCCUGAAGGGGGACCUGAGGCUGAUGUGCAGGAUGAUACGGACACAGAGAGCUUGACCAGCUUGGCAAGGGAUGCCAAUUUCCAGGCAUUUGUUCUUCAAAGCUGCUUGCUCUACCUGUGUUCCUGCAAAGGACAGCUGCCGCUGCUUGCCAUCAUAGCAGGAACAGGAGGUGUUGAGGAGAGCAGGAUAUUGCAUGCGCUCAUUGGGGGAAGUGACUGGCACAUGAUGGGUGCGCAGCUGGUGAAGACUUGCCAGAUGAUUGUGCUUGCAAGCACGAAGAAUGCCUCACGCACUCCGGGCAGCAAGAGGAAGGAGCACGAUCCUGCUGGGGACCUCCCUCUCCUGGCUGUGAAAUCAAUGGCAGCCUUGCUGCACCUGUGCCCCAACGCUCUCAGCCUGCAGAAGUGCAUGGCAUCUUUGCCGCCAGCAGCAGACAAUGGACCCACACCAGAUGAUUCUGUCGUGGGGGACGUUGAGUCACGCCUGCACCACCUGCAGCAACUGCUGUUGCGCCUCGUGGAAAAUUGUUACUUUAAGGAGGUGGAGAUCUUCUGUGGUGUACUGGGUCACAUUGCCAGCAUUCUGCCCAAGCAGACCACUGCCAGAUUUUCAGACUGGGCAGUGGAGUGCUGCAAGCAAGAGGAGGAAAUGCAGCCACGUGCAAUGAAGGCCCUCGUGGGCUUGCUGGUGAAUUGUGCCGGGGGCCUAGACCUUACAGCAGCACAGCUCGUGGCAGAUUCUGUUGUCAUAGAGCUGGGAACAGAGAGUGACAGUCCACCUCCCCAGAAUUUAGCGGCGAUGACCAAGGCUACCGUGUCAUCUGCUGCAUUUGCUCUGCUGUCCUACUUGGAGAGCAAUCUGCAAGAUCUGGAGUGGCUGGUCAGCACCUUGAGGAGCAGCCAAGGCAUAAGCACUGCCGGCACUUGCACAGAGCUUGAGGAGGCAACUUUUAUUCGCCAACGUGGAGUCAUUGAACUGACUGCAAAACUGUUGGAGGUCUCAUCAGUUGGUAAUCUUGGCGGCGGUCUGCUGCGCCUGGUGCUGCUGACUUACAAGGUCUUGACAGCUGCUGCUAAGCUGCACAUUGUGGGGAAGGGAAAGACGCGUUCUGCACCAUGCCAAGCAUUCCAGGACAUGGUGACACUUGUCCUCAAACAAUUGACUCCUGCAGUUUAUGAGUUUGUCACCACCGUCCAGCAACAGCCUCUGGAGAACGGUGCAGAUGGCAGCACAGAAGCAGCAGGAAGCCUGAAGAACGAGGAGCGCAUCAUUCCAGACAUCAUCUUCAAUCUGGAGGACUUUGAGAAGCACCUUAUCCAGAUCUCUUGCUAUGGUCAUCUCAAUCUGAUGCGCUUUGCAAAGCGCAGCACCAACCGAGAUUGGCGAACAGUGACCAGGCCGCAAUCAGUCCCUAGAGAAAACCAGGUCUGCCUGUCUAAUUAAUACAUGUCCUCUUGCUUAUGCAAGCUGGCUUUUCAGCUUGCCCGCUUCUCUUCCUUCAUGUGCACCAAUAUGUUGUUAUAGUUGAAUUGAGCG